AUGGGCGCAUCUAGUGAUAAAUGCGAACUUGCUAUUCAGCUGGAUGGGACAUCUUUUAAUGCAGGAGGCGAAGUGUCUGGUAAGGUCUAUCUUGCUGUAAAAGAAACUAUUGAGUCCAACACAGUCUGACUCAAAGUUAAGGGCGUUGAAAAAUGCGAUUGAAAGAAAAGGCCGAGCGACGCGAACCGAGGAACUAAAGCGAGACACUAUAAUAUGGGGGUGAAAAUUCCUCUAUUUAAUUUCGAUACAGUUUCCAUUGUUCCUGGGCAAUAUACUUUUCCAUUCGCUUUCAUGCUACCUGAGAAUCUUCCAGGGUCUUUCAAAGUUAAGAGGAAAAGCUACUCAGCUGAGAUUAUGUACAAGGUAAAAGCUGAAAUCGCUCCAAGCAAUGAUAAAUGCUACAAGAAAUCAGCGCCAUUUACUGUAAAGCAAGUCAUCACAGAAGAAAGAUAUUCAGUUUCAUUAGAAAAAUCUGCUCAGAUCGUAACUUGUAAGUGCUUAAAUAAAGGCACAACCAGUAUUAAAGCGCAUUUGGAUAAAAAUGCAUAUCUGCCUACAGAGAGAGCUAAUAUUAUCAUCGAAGCAGACAACUCCAUGUGUCAUGUGCCGAUUAAGACAAUUGAGGUCACUUUAUGGAGGACUUUAAGACUUAGAAGUAAUAAAGACAAUGUAUUCUAUGUCAGAGACGCUCUAAAAACCUUUAAAACUGGAAGCGUACCACCUUCAACUGGGUUGCUGAGCCAAAAUGCUAUAAAAGUUGAAGUCCCAUUUACAGAUUUGAAAGAAAAUAUCGAAGACAUUUGCUCAACCAAAGGCAAUAAAAUAGAAUGUGCUUAUUCGUUCCAAAUUAGAGCUGUACUGGGGUCUAUAAACGACCCAAGCUUUGAAGUUUGGACUUUAAUACAUCCAAUGGAAAUGAGUCCUCAAAUAUUGGAAGCUCCAGUUGACUGGACUCCAACUGAAAUGCCGCAAGCUCGUCUCACAAUUGAUGCGGCGUUUAACUAUUUCCCAUCCGCGCCUCCUAUGGAUGAUGAUUCUUAA